CCGGAUCGCGUGAGGUGGAAGAAGUGACCGAGAUGGCAGAUUUGUCGUUGUAUUUAACUAACGUCAACGUUUCACUGGGGCAAACUAUGGAAACUGAUAAGAAUCUCACAGGGGCGGCAGACUUUGGGAGGGUGGAAAUGGGAGACUCUGCCGGGACCCAGGUGAGGGUUCCCCGCAGGACCAUCUUCUUCGCCAGCGGAGAGACUAUGGAGGAGUACAGCACCGAUGAAGAGGACGUGGAGGAGCCCGUAAAGAGAGAAGUCAUUGCUGUUGAUGCGUCCAAACUAACCUGGGGUCCAUACUUCUGGUUCCACAUGUGGAGAAUGGGCACCUCAACUAUCUCAGCGUGUGACUACAUGGGAGAGAGGCUGGCCUCUAUGUUCGGCAUCACCUCUCCUAAAUACCAAUACGCCAUCGAUGAGUACUACCGCAUAAAAAAAGGGGAGGAGGAGGAAGAGGAGGAGAACCGCCUGUCCGAGAUGGCGGAGCGUCGGUUCGCGGACCAGCAGGAUCCUCAUCCCGCCACCGUGGAGCAGCCGGAGCUGUCCGGAGCCUCCUUUGUCAACAUCAGCUUCGAUCUCGAACCUGAGCCUCCCCUCAACGCCGCGGACAACAACAGAGUUCCCGUUCCUCUUCCCUCCUGAGACUUCAAAUUGAGGAGACAGGCUUUUUAAUUUAUGUAGCAGUAUAGAUUAAUAGUGUCGUUUUUUUUCAUUUAUAUGUUUUUAUUUUAGAAAAAAUUAAUCUAAGUUCAAAGUGCAGGGGGGAAAAAAGUGAGUGACUCUACUAGCCUUAUGCAGGAAUGUGUUUAUGACUGUUAAUCCUGCUACUGUAUGUCAGUGAAAGUCCGAUGUUUCGCAAGUUCAAGUGCUAUUUAGAUAAUCAGGGAAUGAUGUCAUUUCUGCGUCAGCCUUCUGACAGUCACAAGUACUCCCUGAAGGCCACCGUGCCUUCUUGCUCUUUUGAACAGGACGUAUGUGAUUUUGCUGAGUUAUUCACUUGCAGGCCUGUUAAUCCAAGAGCUCAAUUCAUAGGUAUGAUGCUUGGUUUUGUAGAUUAAUUAGUAACUGCUUGGUUCCCUCCAGAGCAUAACAUAUUUACAGGUAAACAUUAUAGCUAAGUCUUUGUACAUGGUCCCAUGUGUUUCCGUGGUCAUGGGAAAUUAACCAAAUACUUUGUUACUGUGUUAUUCGUGUGUGUUGAGGGUUCAUUCUUAAAGUGUCCUUCUGGAAGUCUUUUCAUAUAAAUGUUCUGCUGCGGGCUUAAAGCCGAGGCCGAGCCAUCAAAAUCUUCCUAUUGAUUUACAUCCCCUGACAUGUCUGUGUGGGACCAGCCCUCAGAUAAGCGUUGUUAGCAUUCCUCUUUUGAAUACGAUACGGCUCCAGAAGACUUUCUUAACUGGUCUUGUUCAUAAGUUUGUCUUUCACGAGUCACUGAAGGAUGUUAUCCAUGCUUUUUUUUUUGGUAAAAAGAGUCAAUAUGCAAAAGUUAUUUUAACAAACCUUUAAUGAAUAUAUAUACAUAUUUAUAUUUUCUGUGUUAAUAAAAAAAAUCAUAACUGCA